AAAAGCGAUACAAAAUUAGGCCAAACACCCCUAACCUAAAUUAUACAUAUAAAACCAAAAAACGUGUCACCGGAAAACCUUUUCUCUUUCCGUCCCCCAAUCCGACGCAAAAUUCCAUCCUCUUCUUCCUUACAAUCUGUUUUCAAUCUCAUCUCAUCUUUUCAAUAAAUAAUUACAUGGCCGACUCUUACUGGAAAUACGCCGCCGCUGAUGGCAGACAGCAGCCGCCGCCGCAACAGCAACAGCAACAACUUCACUCCCUCAUGGGGAAACGUCCCCGUUCCGACUACGAUCUUUCUGGUGGCCGCGACUUGGCUAGCUAUUAUGCUCGCGAGGAUGAUAGAGGAACUCAUCUAGUGGUUAAAGAUUCUGAUACCAUUGGAGCAUCUUAUGACCGUUAUUUACGUGGCACGCAACUUUCGCCAUAUGCUGGCGUUGAGUCUGCUAGACCCAUGGGACUUGGCACUCGUCUUCAUGAAGAUCCCCGCUUGAUCGGUAUGGGCCUGGGAAGUGCUGAUCAUAUUGCAGCAGCAACCUCAAAAGGUCGGGAUGCAGGGCUGUUGGGUGGGAGGCCUGAUGUUGCUUUGCCUGCUGAUGCCAGCAAUACCCUGUUUGUGGAGGGGUUGCCUUCAAAUUGUUCACGGAGAGAGGUGGCCCAUAUAUUUCGGCCUUUUGUUGGCUACAAAGAAGUUCGACUUGUGACCAAGGAAUCCAGACAUUCCAGUAAGGAUCCGUUGGUGCUUUGUUUUGUUGAUUUUGAGAGUCCAGCUGAGGCAGCUACUGCUAAAGAUGCAUUACAAGGUUAUAAGUUUGACGAGCACGACCGCGACUCGGUUAGCUUAAGAAUGCAGUUUGCUCGCUAUCCUGGUGCAAGGACAGGUGGCGGAGCAAGGUCAAGUGGUGGGUCUCGUGGAAGGCGUUGAAUAUGCGGAUUUACAGGGUCUAUGCGUGUCAGAUAAGUAUAUGAUACGGGUGGGUUACAACGUCGCGCGCUACCAGUUUUCUUAGGACCAAACGAAUCGGGUGGGUUGCGAUUUUUCGAGCGAUGGUCGUGCACGUUCGAAGCUUUUGUUAUAUCCUCACAAAUUUCGUUUUGUGCCAGAGAGCAACGUUUAUCUAUGUUUUUUUAGUGAAGCUUUGUGCAUUAUAAAUUAGGUUAUUCAGUUGUGAGUUUUACCCAUUUUAAUAUUUGUAGUGUAUUACUUUCUGGAGUUUGACUUAUAUUUAAUCGCUUUUCUGGUUA